AUGCUUCAGAUCGGAGCCGUGAACGGCGACGAGACACCCGGGACGACUACAAGAGCUCACGGCCCCGAGACGACGAUCGUCGAAGCUCUCGUCGAGACAGUCCUCGGCGCAGAUCUUCGCGCAGCCCGCCUGCAAGAGAAUCUACUCGAAGAGACCAUGACAAAUCCCGCCGGGAGCGCAGAGAACGCUCUGCAGACUCUGCAGACAAGGAUCGCCGAAGAGAUAGACACCGCAGUCAUCGACAUCGCGACGACCGCGAUCGCGACCACGAACGCUCGUCAAGGAGACAUCGAAGCCCACGACCUCGAACGGCGCGGCCCCCUACCUCCACAAUCUGAUGCCUUUUCCGGCGAACUGGCGCAGUCCGGCGACGCACCUCCACCCGAGAAGAUCAAGCCCAACUUCAACCAGACUGGACGACUUGCCGCUGAAAGCAACACGGUCCAGGUUCAAGGAGGUGAAGGAAUUGUCUUGAAAUACCAUGAGCCUCCCGAGGCCCGUAAACCACCUGCCAAAGAGGCCUGGCGACUCUAUGUGUUCAAGGGAGAGGACUUGCUAGAAGUGGUGGAGCUCGGUGAACGAAGCUGCUGGCUGAUCGGUCGUGAGAAUCGCGUGGUGGACUUUCCACUCGAACACCCAAGCUGCUCUAAGCAACACGCCGCACUUCAGUUCCGCUACGUCGAAAAACGGAACGAAUUUGGAGAUCGAAUUGGCAAGGUCAAGCCUUAUCUAAUUGACCUGGAGAGUGCAAAUGGUUCUCAUGUCAAUGGUGAGGCUAUUCCCGCAGGUCGCUAUGUGGAAGUCAUGGACAAGGACGUCAUCAAAUUCGGUCUGAGUACCCGUGAAUACGUUCUAAUGCUGCCAAACUGA